GUGCAUUUUAUUCAGAUCGAACUUUCUAUUUUUACUUGAUUUACGGAGGAAAACGCGGAAAUUGGGCAUUGACACGCUUAAUUCAUUCUGAAAAACUUCAAAAUUGUGGUUCUUCUGUGCGGUGAACUGGGAAUGGAAGCCCUGCUUCUCUCUCUUUUCUUCUUGUGUGAUAGAAAUCGAUUUCAUUUUUUUUACAUUUGGAGAUGUCUGAACUAAAAUCAUUUGAAAUGAAAUUGUUAUUUUCUAAGGCUGGAUGAGUUUAGAUUAGGGCUUAUUGCAAUGGAUUUGAUCGUACGAGUUCCUUGAAUUGCCGAAUUUCUGAAGAUAUCGAGAAAUGGAAGUUUCUACUGGAGAUCGUUGUGGAAUCGAGUUGGAUUGCCUGAACAGUGGAGGCUCUCAAGAGUCACAUCCGCAGAACAAUGUGGUGGAAUCACCGGAUUCUAGUGUCAUUGGGAGUCUUGCUUCUGGCCACCAGUCGCAUUCCAUGAAUGCACUGGAGAUCUUGAGAGAAACUGUUAGAAUCCUCCGGCACAAUUCUGCGGUUUUCUUGGCGAUUGCAGUGUUUCUUAUUUGCCCUGUUUCUGCUCUACUCCUCUCCAAUGUCCUGGUUGACCAGUCCAUCGUAAAGAGACUGAAUAUAAGGCUUCUCAUUGUGGCACGGUCUACUGGACUGCCUUUGAAGCCUUUUAUCAAGCAAUCCUGCCAACGUUUAUCAGAGAUGGCACUUUCAGCUAUUUUCUGCUUCCCCAUGUACAUCACAUUUUCAUUAUUAUCCAAAGCUGCAGUAGUGUACUCGGUAGAUUGCACCUACUCCAGAAAGAAGUUUGAUGUGACAAAGUUCUUCACAAUCAUUCUCAAGAUCUGGAAGCGUCUCGUUGUGACGUAUAUAUGGGCAUGUAUGGCGAUUGUUGGCUGCCUAGCCCUGUUCCUUGUUCUGCUUGUUGUUGUGUGUAACAUUUUUUCUAUAGCAGGAUGCUCAUCUGAUAUGAUUGUCUACCCUGCAAUGAUGAUUGGACUGGUAUUCUCCAUCGUUUUUGCCAAUGCUAUUAUCAUCUGUAACCUUUCUAUUGUCAUCUCUGUUUUGGAGGAUAUAUCUGGCCCUGAGGCUUUGCUUAGAUCUAGCAUCCUAAUGCAGGGCCAGACUCAGGUUGGUCUUCUGAUAUUUCUUGGAUCAACAAUGGGGACGACAUUUGUGGAGGGUUUGUUUGAGCACAGAGUGAAGACUCUGAGCUAUGGAGAUGGAUCCUCCAGGAUAUGGGAAGGACCUCUGCUAGUGGUUAUGCAUUCAUUUGUGGUGCUUAUUGAUUCAAUGAUGAGUGCAGUUUUCUAUUUCACUUGUAGGUCAUCUAGCAUGGACUCCUCGGAGGGAGAAAGCAAAGUCCUUGUAGAGCAGUAGAAAUAAUGGCAAUCACCUCUGAAUCAAUGGAUACUCAGUGACAUACUGCACAGUUAUGCUGUUUCAGCAUAAAUUUCUUGGUUAUUUAGCAGAAAAAUAGGAUAUCUUACAGCCGCAAAAUAGAAGAGUAUGAGAUUAUUAUUUUAUUUUUGACGGGAGGAUGUAAUGCUUACCUCUUCAGUUUGCUACCAUCUAUGAGGGUGGAAGAAAAUACCUGAAAACACAAGUAGCGGUAACAGUGGUGUACUGGUUGAACCCCAUUUUGGAAA